AUGUCGAGCCAUGCGAGUCCAUCUUCCUCUUCUGUUGGCGGCCCAGCCCUAAAAGCCGCCUUUGUUGGGCUUGGAUUGCUGGGGCUGGCAGCGACAUGGGGCCGCAUGCUCUCGGACGGAAGUUUCUCGUUGAUUGAGGAGGUGCUGGGAGGUGAUAACAAGCUUCCCGGGUCGGAUUACGACCUGGUAAGUAGCUUCUGUGGCAUCGGGCCCUUAGACAACCUCGCGCGCACUCUUGUGGUCUUUUUCUGGGAGGCCAUCGAUGGGUCCCAUCCCAAGACUUCGGCAGCGGGUAUCUAUAUGGCCGGCCAGAUGGCUCCCGUCAUCGUGGUCCAGUAUCUGGACGGCCUGAGGAAAGGCAAUGGCUCGUCAACGCUGAAGAUCUCGAUAUGGUGGUUCAUUUUCGCCGCGGCCGCUAUUGGAGCCAGCGGAGCCGUUUGGGGUGUUGUCUCGUUGGUCACAUCUCCUCUACUCUCGUCCUCCAUCGCGCUGGGAGCGCUACAGGAAGCCUCGCUGCCGUACUCUCCGCGGGCCGCCGCUCUAUUGCUCCCCGCGACGUACGUCAACUUCAUAGGCAGCAUGAUCAUCAUGUCACUUCCGGUUCCCUCGAUGGUAUCCAGUAACUUCCGGCAGUGGGCUAUCAUUAUAUGGAACCUGUUCCCUAUUGGGAUCUCUGCAUUCGUCCACUUGGGAGAGCCCUUAUGGAGCGCCCUGCUCCCUGCUGCUUCCUCCCGCGAUUCUGGGCAUACGGCUCACUUGCGGGUGGUCAGAUAUCUGUCUACUAGCGCAAUGGCCCUCGGUUUCGCUGUGCAUGUGGGCGUGGCAGCUGUCUCUCUCUCAGCUGCCCUAUUUCCUGCUGUCUUUGCUCCGGGGUACGCUGAACUACUGCACCCGCUGUCAGUGGCCGUGCCGCCUAUCGCCGUGGAAAAGGCGCAAUCGCCGGGUGAUGGUAUCUGGAGCUUCGUCGUGUGGGAUCAAGUCUUCGGCUUUUCGUUCGUGAUGCUCUUAUUCUUGGCGCAGCUCCAGAACGCCAUGCGUUUUUCCGAUCGCUUCGGGUCGUUUAGCUGGGCUAAGUCUUGUGUUCUUGGCUUUCUAUCUUCUUUCCUCAUCGGCCCGGGGGUCACUAUCGUAGCGAUCAGCUGGUUGCGCGAUGAAGUUUUAUAUGGUGCGGAUAAGAAGGAGACGCGCAAUGGCAAAGCCAUUGGAAGGAGAAACUAA